UUGUAACGUGGGGAUAUUCCAGGCGCUAUCCGUACAUUUUUCACCCCCUUUUACUCCGCUAUCCAAAUCCCCCGCACGCUUCGCGGCUCCUCCCAUGGCUUCCCUAUCCUUUCCCGCCAUCUCCGUCCCCACCUCCGUUCGCCGCGGCCUCGCCCCAACCCAAACCGCCCGGUCCGGCCCGACCGCCAGAUCGGCCGGUCCGGGUACCGGUCGACGCCGUCUCGGCUCGGUUUUUUCCUCCGGUGCGAAUUUAGCGCGUCCGAGCCCGAUCCUGAGUCGAAUCGGAGAGGAAUCUUUCGACAAAAGGGAACCCAUGGUUCCCCCUUUUAAUGUCCUCAUCACUGGUUCCACUAAAGGUUUAGGGUUUGCACUUGCCAGAGAGUUUCUGAAGGCGGGGGAUAACGUUGUAAUCUGCUCAAGAUCAGCUGAGCGCGUGGAAUCAGCCGUUCAGAACUUAAGAAACGAGUUUGGAGAGCAGCAUGUGUGGGGAACUGUGUGUGAUGUCAGGAAAGGAGAGGAUGUAAAGGAACUAGUUAAUUUUGCACGUGACCGGCUGAAAUACAUAGAUAUAUGGAUCAACAAUGCUGGAUCAAAUGCGUACAGUUACAAACCGUUGGUUGAGACUUCUGAUCAAGAUCUCAUGGAAGUUGUUACCACAAACACUCUUGGGUUGAUGAUUUGUUGCCGUGAGGCAAUAAACAUGAUGCUAAACCAGCCUCGAGGUGGUCAUAUAUUUAACAUUGAUGGUGCUGGUUCUGAUGGAAGGCCGACCCCUAGAUUUGCUGCAUAUGGUGCAACAAAGCGUAGUGUAGUGCACCUCACUAAAUCUCUACAGGCAGAACUGCAGAUGAAUGAAGUAAAGAAUGUUAUGGUGCAUAACUUAUCGCCUGGGAUGGUAACGACGGAUCUUCUUAUGUCUGGGGCCACCACAAAACAAGCCAAGUUUUUCAUUAAUAUCUUAGCUGAACCGCCUGAGGUGGUUGCCGAGUACCUUGUUCGAUGCAUCAGAUCAGUUCCCAGCAGCAGAUCCAUGAAGCCAACCUACAUUCGCUUCCUCACAGGCUUGAAAGCGUACUCCCAAAUAUUUUCAAGACUUGCUUUUGGCGCCCGACGAAACAGAUAUCUUGUAGAAGAUUGAAGGAUUUCUAUAACUCACUGAGUCAGCGCACUAUUUGUUUUCAAUUUUCGCUUCUCUGAUGCAUGACUAAAUUAUUCACUUAACUUUCAUAUACGGCUCGUCGAUUGUUUUUUGUAUAUAGAUUCUCCAUUAAUGGGCUUUAGUUUGGUCUUUACUCCCUUCCUAGGGCAUGAAGCAUGCGACAGCAUAUCUCGAUGAUUCUUUAGUUAGACUAAGGAAAAAGCCGUACAACUUGCGUACUGUCGAUACAAAACUGGUGUACAGUAUAAGAUGUUUUUAUUGCUAUUGUUUGUGGGCAUUAUAGUAUCUUAUUAUUGAGGAGAAUGCCUUGAAACUGUUUCUGAUAAACUGUAUGCAACUUAAUUAAUUUGUGGGUGGGGAUUCUUUUGUCA